AUGAGAGUGCCUGAUUCGGAGGAGAAGGUGGAGGCCAAAAGAAGCCUGCGGACGCGGCAAGCCUUGUCCGAACAACUGGGCGCUUCGCGCAGCGGCAAGGUAGACCCGGACGGAAUACUUGACUUGCCAAUCAACUUCCUGGAGAAUGUCAUGCUUUCUUCGAAGAAUGAACUGGAUGAUCGCCUGGACAUCGAUGAGGUGCGGAAGGCCCGGGACAAGCUCCUGGAUGCUCUCUAUGGGAAGAAAAUCAGAGGUGGAACUGCUGAGGAGAUGAAUAAGAUCAUGAUCUACAAGGGGCGCCCCCUGAGAGCACAGCUGCUCCACUUUGCCGUCUGGGUAUCUGCGCAGCUCCAUGAGAACUCCUGCGUAGCGAGGCUGCUGCCCUACCUGACAGUUGAAGAUCUGAGCGCAAAGGCAAAGUACCGGCUGAAGCCGGGCAGUUUGGACGAGGCGUGGUUAGAUGCGAUCCACGUCGCGUCCGGGCUUGGAGCUGUGCCAGUCAUGCAGGUGCUGAUGCAGCACGUGAUGCAAGUUAAGGGGAUCGACUCUGCCACAUACGUCAACACUCCAUGCUUGGUCCACCAUGUGGAGCCCAUCGCCUCUGACACCGAUAGGAACACGAAUGCGAACACCAACUUGAACACCAACGACGUUGGCGAAAAUGUGCGGGAGUGGGAUGAGGAUUUUUAUUUACCGCUCCACGACGCGACCAAUGCAGGCAACGUAGAGCUAUCUCUCUGGCUGUUGGCUCAUGGGGCUGACGCAUGUGCAGGGAACAAGGACGGCGUGAGCCCGUUACACUUUGUGGCCAUGCGCGGCAUCGAAGGCGGUCUGGAGGCUGAAAGCCAGGUGGCUCAACUUGUGCAGGCCCUUCUCAGGCCCACUGAAUUUAGAAACUGGCAUAUCCUGCACUUCAGGAAUCCCAACAAGCAGAUGGCCGGGAAGACUCCCCUGGAGCUGGCAGCAUUGGAUGGGAGCCGCUUCCCGAAGCACAUGAUGCACGUCCUGGCCCCCUGUCUCAACAGCCGCAUGUCCGAACCGACGUUCUUCAGCGACAUCUACUUCCUGGUGGGAUUGAAUGAGGAUGCUGCUUUGGAGGUCGUUCGGGAGCUGGCGCGCCGCUCCAUCCGUCAACCCGAACUUUUGCACAACCUUCGAUUCGACUGCCAGCUCUCCGGACGAACUGACAUGAUGGCGGCCAUCUUUUUCGAGGCGCCUUCUGCGGCGAGCGAGAUGCUGGAUCUCCUGAUGGUGGAGCCAAAUGUGCAGGAUGUGGCAAAGCACAAUGUGCCGAACAAGACCAGCUUUUGGGGUCUCUUCAACAACUUGUCCAUGCGCUGCACUUAUCGGCCCGAUGUAGUUGUGCAAGAUAGCCUUCUCAUCCCAAGCUGGAAGUUUGACACCCAGAAGUCCUUCGAGCAGCAGACAAACAUCCAGUGGCAUGCAGAUUUCAUUCCAGCAGCUAAGCUGGACGUACACUUGAAGUUGUUUUCUGGAGGAGCUUUGCACAUCCGAACAGUGGAGGGCGGGCAGUCCACAAAUCCAGACAGAGCCGCGAUCACAUCGCCAGCGUUUGCGUCAAGGUUGGACAUGGACAUCAUCAUGGCUAUGUCACGAAUCGAAAGUGAGGACCUUGCAGUCUUCUCCAAGCUAUCGAUCCAGGGUAUUGUGCACUGCCUUUGGGAGAACUUGUUCCAGGCGCGAGGAUCAUAA